CUUGGCCACAUUGUGCUAACAAAUAUGGUGGCUGUCGUCGUUUUGCGGUUGUUGCACCGUGAUCUCCGGCUCCCUAAAUUUUUAACGCUGUUUCUCGUUGUAUUCUGUGCCCAUGCUAACUGCCUUCUAGAAGAUCCGGACCUAUCGGCUGAUGCCGCCCACGCUCUGCAGCAUUCGUCAAGUGCCGCUUUGCAUCACCCGCUCUACCCAAACGAUACUGUGCUUUCCAGACAGCCCCGGAGCAAGUCGGAGUUUGUGUUCAACUUUGGAGAAACAGCGCAAGAGCUGCUGGCACGGCCGCUGCUGCGCGACGGCACUUCGGACGGAUGCCUCGACGGUUUCCCCUGCCAGCAGCUGAGUGCUGAGUGCCUGGCGUGCCAGUUCAACUACUCAUGCGUCUACGGAGAGGAGGUCACAGUCCUGUGCGAACCUCGAGCGGGAGUCAAGUGCGCCAACAAGUCCCCGAUGUUUGAACGCAAGAUGGUGUGCCGCUACUGCUACCAGACGCCGAGCAGCGACCACGUUUGCGAGCACAACAGCACCUGCCAGGUGAACAGCGCACCGCGACAGCGCUACAUUGCGCAGUGCACGGUCCGCCCAAACGUCCUCUGCCUCGGAAGGAGGACGUUUCUCAAGAACAACUUGUGCAAUUGGACCCGGGGCUAUAGCUGGUGGACAGCACUUCUGCUCAGCAUCGUGCUGGGCGGCUUCGGAGCCGACCGCUUCUACCUGGGCAUGUGGCAAGAAGGCAUCGGAAAGCUCUUCUCCUUUGGCGGUCUCGGCGUGUGGACUCUCGUGGACGUCGUGCUCGUGGCCGCGGGGUACCUCGGGCCCGCCGACGGAUCACUCUACAUCUCCUGACCUCUUGUCCUCGCUGCGUGACCUCGUACGAAGUGUCGGCCGAAGAUCCGCCCGUCCGGUAUCGCGGAUCCACGGGUGCCGUGGGAAGGAGUGCGGGGGUUCUGUGCCCCGGCGUAAGGGGAACGCGACAGAACAGCACACGACAUAACAGCACGGUCAAAACAGCACAGCAUCAGAAACGGCAAGCGUCGAAACGGCACGCGACAAAACAGCACGGCGUCGAAACAGCAGAGCAACGAAGGAGCACGUGCCAAAACACCACGCGACAAAACUGCACAUCAACAAAACAGCACGCACGUAAGUGCACAUUGUUUUUUGACUGGAGAACACAUUAUUAGCAGCACGCACUUAAAUGAAGUAUGCGCUGGUAAUGUGUUCAGCAGAACACGUGUGCUGCUGUUACAUUUCAUUAUCUACAGUUAUAUGGCUUUAAUAUAUUAUUACCCCUGUCGUUAUAUUCUAUUACCUACUUAUAGCUUGUCGUGCAUGUUGAAAAAUAUAAAACCUUCCCACCGCAAGUCGUUGAAGGUAAGUUUCUUGCCGUCUUUUUAAUGACUGAUUGAUUGUUAAUCCGUUAACGUUUUAUAUCGAUACAAAUGUGGCACCCUAUUUACCCAAAGGAAGAAUAAAGAUCACAAUUAACGAGUUUAAUGGAGCUGAUAAACAAAUGGUCCACAGUGGCAUCUUGUUAAUUCAAACUCUCUUAAUUCAAACUAACAUGCAGGUUCCAUUCUAACUCGCGGCAGUUUAAACUUUGCUUUAUUCAAACGAAUGUUUGGUCCCCCUUAAAUUCGAAUUAAUGAGAUUAGACUGCAUUUUACAUACAUUAUGGUUUUACACAUAGCUUACAUGCAGUAAAAAUAGCGACAGCCCACAAGAGUGUCGAUGAGGAGCUGCGUGUCAUACUGGGACAGGAGGUUGCUUAGUCUUUGCGAGAUUCUCGCAUACGGCUUUGAACCUGAUAAGGUGCACUCUGUUUGGCCGUCACUCCUCUUCUCCUUUGGGUACAUAGGGCGCCGCAUUUGUAUGGAUAGAAAACGCUAGCAAAUCAACAAUCAAUCAGUAGUUAAAAUGACAGCAAGAAAUUUAGCUUCAUUGACUUAAGGUUCGAAGGUUUCAUUUUGCCGAACAUGCACGAAAAGCUACGAGUAGGCAGUAAAAUAUAGCAAUGCAGGUAAUUAAUAAACUCGCAAAAGGGUAAAUAAUAAAAUGUAACUGCAAAACACAUGUUCUGCCGAAGUACUUAAUAAUUAGGUGCGUGUUCCUCAUAAUGUCAAACAGCAAAAAAAAAAAACAGCGUGCAUUUACGUGCGUGCUGUUCUUUUUUUUUGUUGUGCACGCUUUGGCACGUGCUCUUCUGUCGCUUUGCUGUUUUGCCGUGUGCCGUUCUGACGUGGUGCCUGGCAUAAGAUAUACGUGGGUCCGGACGCAUGGCACAAUGGACGCCGCGACGCAAUCGACCGGAUAAAGUUCCGUCGGCACGUGCCAAAGUAGCCCGUGCCGACAAUGUCUCCGGAUGGCGGAGCUGGGGGAGAAAAAGAAACAAACAAAAGCAAAAAAGUGUCUCGUCGUUGUGGCUUUCGUGCACAAGCAUUUUCCGCUCGGCGCGUCUGCUUCGACCUCGACGGAUGCCGUUUCAAACGGCGCGCCGGAGAUCCGUCCGCUUCAAUGCGCUCGUAAGACUGUUCUUGCCACCGUGGAAGCCGAAAACUAGGGUCAAGAACGAAGCUGCGUCCAAGCGUACCGCUUGUGCCAAGUUUUACGUGACGCAGCACAGCCAUAAAACGAGCGCGUCUCCCGUGAACAAGUGCGGGAAGCCGGGGCCGCAACGAGCCGCCAUCAGCCGCUUAUUGAAGAGUCGUCCGGUGCCACCGCUUGCAACCGAAACAAGGAGAGGACUUUAGCGGGGGGGGGCACGAGCGAGGAAAAGGGGCACCGCACGGCGGUAUCGUAGCAACCGGUACUGGCAUCCCCAUAGUGUGGUGUACCUCACGGCAAGUGCCGCGCGACGCCUACCUUUACCGCUCAUGUGUUCCACGCUUUUAUCUGGCAGCUGCGACACGCGCGAUGUUCACACCUACGUAUACCUUACACCGUCGUCUAAAGUGCUGUCUGUCUUCACGACGCUUGUCGUCCGGCGUCCCAACUCUGGCGAGCCCGGAGCACGACCUGUCGACGGGGCGUCUGGAGGUUCUUUUUUGUAAUUUAUUCCGAGAUCUGACGUAGGAUGUACCGUAUCUUCGACUUCUGCUUCCCUUAAAGCCCGUUUGCGCGUACACCACGGCGACGGUUCUACUUCGGCGCUAUUAGUCGGCGCCGAAACGGCAAUCGUCUCGCCGAGUUGCCGACUUUGCGCUGCACUACCAAUACGGUGCUGCAUCAAUGCUAAGUUUCAUUCGAGUUGGCUUUGCACGGGCACCAUUCCUAGUGUUGAUUUAGCAUUACACCGUUUGAGUGAACCGGUCAUUAAUGCUAUUAUUGCUGGGUUUUUUUGUUUGUUUUCUUCUUGUACAUAAGAACUUCUUUUGGAGCUAGUCAACGGAGGUGUGAGGUCGGCACAAGACGUGUCUGCACGGAUCCUCGUGCACUGGGGCAGGUGUUACUGGAUUUGUCCGGACUACUUGUUUCCGUCUCCGAGAGUCGGCUCGAGCCUGCCAGAUCUUGCGCAUUUUGGUUCCGACAGGCUCGACACAAUUUCCGAAAAUUUGAUAUAAAGUCUUCUCAUCUCAA